CUGUUGCCGUGACGCGCCACAUUCUGCGACAGUCCAGCUGCAGACAUCAUGGAGGUUCCUGUAGCGAAGAAGCGUGGUCUUGAACAUUUGGACGAAUAUGAGCCCAAACCAGCCAAACACACGCGCAGCCUGCACGACCGCAUGUCCGAGAGGAGGCUGGUUGUUGUUCUGGAGGGAGCGUCGUUAGAGACAGUGAAGGUCGGAAAAACCUUUGAGCUGUUGAACUGUGACCAACAUAAAAAUAUAAUCGUCAAAAAUGGAAGAAAUCCGGGAAAUAUCCGACCAGACAUCACACAUCAGUGUUUGCUGAUGUUGAUGGACAGUCCACUGAACAGGGCCGGCCUGUUGCAGGUUUACGUCCACACAGAGAAAAACGCCUUAAUAGAGAUCAACCCACAGACUCGCAUCCCGAGAACCUUCACUCGCUUCUGUGGUCUUAUGGUUCAGCUGCUGCACAAGUUGAGUGUCCGGGCCGCUGAUGGUCCUCAGAGGCUUCUGAGGAUGAUUAAAAACCCCGUGUCUGACCACCUGCCUCCUGGCUGCCCCCGCAUGUCCACCUCCUUCUCUUCUGCCGGAGACGCCGUCUGUCCUCGGACUUUGGUGCCAGAGGGACCGGCUACAGUGGUGGUUGGAGCAUUUGCACAUGGAGCGGUGAAUGUGGACUACACAGAGAAGACGGUGUCCAUCAGUAACUACCCCCUCUCUGCGGCUCUGACCUGUGCUAAGAUGUGCUCUGCCUUCGAGGAAGUGUGGGGUGUCCUGUGACAAACAGACAAUAAACUACUGGUGUUGAUCUGGCAGAGACAGUAGAGUACAUGGACUUUUAUUAAUGGACUAGAAAUGGAUAUGGUGACCAUUUCACCAGCGAUGCCGCGUGGACCACUGCCAUGUAUUCCAUUAUACACUGUAUGUGUAUACUUGUGGAAUAUGCAGGUUUCUGUACCCAGUGUUUCCUUUUCAUGUAAGAGCAUGGCUGUUUUUUAUACCAUUAUCAAUUGUACCAAUUACUGAGUUUUGGAUAAUCAAUCAAUACAGUUACAUUAAAAUAUUUGACUAAA